GGCUAUAUUGUUCCUACUGAAGAUGUUAGGCUAUAUUCGUGAAAUAAACUUUAUAAGGCAAACAUUAUAGAUGUCAUCCCUCCUCCCAUGAUUCCUCCUGCUUUGUCAAACAGUGUUACGGCAGGUUGGAACUAGUCGGCGCUCUCGUCUCCUCCUUUAGUCUCCACGCUGCAGCUACGCCUCUCGCCCGUCUCGACAGCAGCGGCAGCAGUGUAGUAGUAAUCUGCUUGCCGCGCACUUAAACUCGCAUUUUGUGUCACGGUGCCACCGGGAGAGGGGCGACAGACUGCUGCGCGUCCGGGGAUAGGCUACCAGUCACCAUCUGCAAAGGUUCAAGCGACAUCCCGCUGCGGGCAAUGACAUUUGUAGACUAAAGUGGGAAUACACGAGAAAACGCAAAAAUGACGGUGGACUUUGAAGAAUGUAUUAAAGAUUCCCCCCGAUUCAGGGCUGGCAUUGACGAUGUGGAGACAGAUGUGGUGGAGAUCGAGGCAAAGCUCGACAAGCUGGUGAAGCUGUGCAGUGGGAUGAUCGAGGCCGGCAGGGCCUACGUCAGUGCCAACAAGCUCUUUGUUAAUGGCAUCAAGGACCUGUCCCAGCAGUGCAAGAAAGAGGAGAUGAUAUCGGAAUGCCUUGAAAAGUGUGGAGAAAGCCUCCAGGAGAUCGUCAACUACCACAUGAUUUUGUUUGACCAGGCUCAGAGGUCGAUCAAGCAGCAGCUUCACACCUUCAUUAAAGAGGAUGUGCGUAAAUUCAAGGACACUAAGAAGCAGUUUGACCGGGUGCGUGAGGACAUGGAGCUGGCUCAGGUGAAGAACGCCCAGGCACCAAGGAACAAGGUCCAUGAGGCAGAAGAGGCCACUCAGGCCCUUAUCCUCAGUCGCAAAGCCUUCAGGCACCUGGCGCUGGACUAUGUACUACAGAUUAAUGUUCUUCAGGCCAAGAAGAAGUUUGAAAUCCUGGAUGCAAUGCUGUCCUUCAUGCGAGCCCAGUACACUCUGUUCCAACAAGGCUUUAAUAUUUUGGAUGAGAUUGACCCCUACAUGAAAAAACUGGCUGCGCAGCUGGAUCAGCUGGUCAUCGACUCGGCCAUGGAGAAGCGGGAGAUGGAGCACAAACACGCCCUCAUCCAGCAGAGAACUCUGAUGCAGGACUUUUCCUAUGAUGACCCCAAGCUUGAAUUCAACGUGGAUGCACCUAAUGGUGUGGUCAUGGAGGGCUACCUCUUCAAGAGGGCCAGCAACGCUUUCAAGACCUGGAACAGGCGGUGGUUUUCUAUACAGAACAGCCAGCUGGUCUACCAAAAGAAACUCAAGGACUCUUUGACAGUGGUGGUGGAGGACCUGAGGCUCUGCUCAGUCAAACCGUGUGAAGACAAUGAGAGGAGGUUCUGCUUUGAGGUCGUUUCACCCACCAAGAGCUGCAUGCUGCAGGCUGAGUCUGAGAAGCUGCGACAGGCUUGGAUCCAGGCCGUCCAGGCAAGCAUCGCCUCUGCUUACAAAGACAUCACCGACAAUUAUUACAUUGAGCACUUGGACCGGACAGCCUCGCCCUCCACCAGCAGCAUCGACUCUGCCAGCGAGCCCAGAGAGAGGGGGGAGAGGGCUGAUAGAGGAGUGAGGGGAGGGGGAGAGAGCCUCCUCCAGAGGGUACAGAGCCUGCCGGGCAAUGAGCUGUGCUGUGACUGUGGCCAAACGGCUCCAUGCUGGGCCUCCAUCAACCUGGGAGUGCUGCUCUGCAUCGAGUGCUCAGGGAUCCACAGGAGUUUAGGUGUCCAUUGCUCUAAAGUACGUUCACUGACGUUAGACUCAUGGGAGCCAGAGUUACUCAAGCUGAUGUGUGAAUUGGGAAACACUGUGAUUAACCACAUUUAUGAAGGAGGCUGUGAGGAACUAGGAGCAAAAAAACCUGGACCCUCCAGUUCAAGGCAGGAGAAGGAAGCCUGGAUCAAGUCCAAAUAUGUGGAGAAACGUUUCCUGAAGAAAAUGAGCGGGAGCGAGGCAUUGGUGGAGGGUGAAAGGAAGUCCCGCCCCUGGACAGUGAAGAAGUGCCAGCGACACAACAGCUCUGUUCGAGCCCCCAACAAGGCCCGUAGGAAAUACCACCGCUACGAGCCAGGCAGCGCCUCACAUGCAAACCUGUCAGCAGCAGCGGCAGCAAAGUUUCGCCGGGAUUCCCUGUUCUGUCCAGAUGAGCUGGACUCACUGUUUUCCUACUUCGACACCGGCUCGGGUCCUCGCAGCCCCGCAGGUCUUAGCAGUGACAGCGGCCUGGGAGGAAGCACCGACGGCAGCACUGACAUCCUGGUUUUUGGCUCAGUGGUGGACAGUGUCACAGAAGAAGAGGAGGAGUCGGAGGAGUCUUCCAGUGGAGAGGUAGAGAUCGAACAGGAAAUGUCCUCAGACCCUGAGGAUCCGAGGGAGCUGCAUCCUGGGGCGCUCCUCCACCGAUCCUCGCGUCUACACAACCUGCCGCUCAUGGCCGAGGCAUUGGCACAUGGUGCGGAUGUACACGCUGCAAGCGAGGAGGAAGAAGGGAAAACGCCACUCAUACAGGCUGUGAUGGGGGGCUCUCUGAUAGCUUGUGAGUUCCUGCUACAGAACGGAGCCGAUGUGAACCAGAGGGACAUGAGAGGCAGAGGCCCGCUGCACCACGCAACCUACCUGGGGCACACUGGCCAGGUGUGUCUGUUCCUGAAGAGAGGAGCUUCACAGACGGAGGUUGAUGAGCAGGGUCAUGAUCCCCUAAGCAUCGCUGUCCAGGCUGCCAAUGCAGACAUCGUCACCCUAUUGCGUUUAGCGCGGAUGAACGAGGAGAUGCGAGAGGCCGAGGCUCCGCUGGGUCAACCAGGGGUUGCCAUGGGCAGCCGGAGAGUUAAACACAAGGAUGUUCGGGAUAGAGUCACGUCUCCUAUAUUGAUGUCUUUCGCGAGUUUUCUCUCCUCGCGUCUCUCCAGCCCGAGAAGUUGAGGAGAAGGAGCGUACACUUCAGCCGCUGCCAGGAGCCAUAGUGGCCACCACUGACCACCACUUCAACUGACCACUCUUCAGUGACUUUGGAAUCAUAAGGGAGGCAUUGAAUGCCAUUAAAAGAGACAUUUUGACGCUAGGAAGUGAGUGCUGCAAGUGUAAGCAAAUGGUCAAAACUUUGCAAGUAAUAUUUCAUAACUGGCUUGUAAUUGUCCUCAUCUUAUUUUGUAAAUAAAUUAAGUCAAUAAGGCCAAGAUUACUGACCUUGGUCUUGUCAAAAAUAAUGUUAUUUGGUUCAAACAGUUCCUUUGAACAAGUGUUACUUCAGUUGACCUGACACCAGGUUGUCCUAGCAUGUCAGAAGAUCUUUGGACACAUCAGCUGUUUUUCAAGGGGCACUCCAACACUUUAGUAUUGCACUUCCAUAAAGAUGAAGGAGACAUAUUUAACAAGUCUUCAACACUACUCAUACUCUUAAGUAUGCAUCAAGCACUCAAACUCUAUUUUUCAUUUGCCACUAUGUAGCCUAACACAUAGUGUAUUUUGCCAGAUCCUCCCUGAGUGGUAAAUGCCCAUGUCUUUUAAACUCCACUCCUCCUUAAAAUUUGUAAUCUCUGGGCCAAAGCCAAAAUAACCUGCACAAAUGUUUCCGUAGAUGCCAUUGUGCUCUCUGUGAUGAGUAAGCUGUACCUGAGGUUUAAAAUCAGUGAAGUGCCCCUUUACUAUUUUGAAUAAUUUCAUUUUGUCAACUGCAAAUUUUCAAACUGUGUUUUGCAACUGGUUGCAGAAAUAAAAUAAAUUGUGAGUAAA